ACUCAUGACUUCUAUCCAUCUUCCAAGAAUGGAGGUUAGAACAUGGUAUGCCACUCUUACUUGGUUCCAGUUGAUCACCAACUGCUUCAUUAUACAAUAUCUCUUGCUAGGAUCCGUACAGUCACUAAACUGUUCAGAACCAACAACUAAAUCGCUCCUUAAUGCCAUGAGAGAGGAAGUCAUCCUUUACAGCGAUGCAAGGCCAGUUAUAAGUCUGAGCACUCCCACCAACGUCACCGUGGACUUUACUCUCUAUGGAAUCUUAGGAGUGAAUGAAAAAGCACAGGUGUUGGAAACAUAUCUGUGGGUGAGGAUGAAAUGGCAGAUUGAAGGUUUGAGCUGGGAUCCUGCGGAGUGUGGAGCAAAAAAGAUUUCACUACCAAGAGAGAAGAUAUGGUUUCCAGACAUUAUCAUUAAUGAAUUCAUGGAUGAAAACCGAGCACCAGAAACAUAUUACGUCUAUGUGACCUCCACUGGUCAUGUGCUUGAUGGACGGCCGUUUCAUGUAAUCAGCUCCUGCAAACUGGACAUCUACACCUUUCCAUUUGAUUUUCAGAACUGUUCAUAUACUUUCAACUCUUACAAACACACUCGUGAUGAUGUUCAGUUGUUCUUCUUGCUGCCCAUUGAGCAGAUAUUCAAAAAUUCUCUUAAAGCAAUAACAACUAAAGGAGAGUGGGAGCUGAUAGACAUGAAGGCAGAAAAAUCUUCACAGCUCUCUCUGGAAGAGGAAUGGGAUAGCCUCACUGUUUAUGUUGAUUGUCUUGAGACGUCGAGCUACGCUGUAUGUCGUGAACCUCCUGAUUCCCAGCAGCUUCCUGCUUUCUUUGGAUCUCUUCAGCUUCCUGCUGCCUCCUCAAGAGGUGGACCGUGCUUCCUUCAAAAUGACCCUGAUUUUGGGUUACACAGUCUUCCUGCUGUUAAUGAACGACAUGCUGCCCAUCACAGGAAAUGA